ACUCUGCUUGCAAGUUCUGAUCUGUUCAGUCGCUCUCGGAAAGUAGACUAAUGCACAUCCGCCUUAUCAGCGCUCGUAGAAAUGUAUAUAAAACAAACAAGUAUUCGCGGCAGAUGGUGUUGGUAUUUCGUUACGUUGUUAUUAUUGAUGAUUGGUGAAGCUAUCCAUCAAAAUGAGGCAUCUGUUAUGUUUCCCGACGAUUGGGAAGAAAUAAAAUUAAAGUUGGACUCACAAAUGCAGGAGCCGAGUUCAAAUGAUAGCGACUCGAGUGACACAGAAGGAAUUGCUCCCGUUGUUCCUUUAGAAGAGCCAGACAUGUCCGAAGAUGACGCAGAGAACAUUCUUGAUGAGAUUGGUGUCAACUCUACUAACGAUGACACUGAUGACAUCGAACUCCGGUUUUUCAAUGGUGCAAAUACCAGAAUAUUGCGCUAUCAACAGCAAUACGGACUGGAGCAAACAGGCGAGCUUGAUCGAGCAACUAAAAUAUCGCUCCGAAGCCCCAAAUGUGGUCUGAGCAACGUCGCUGCUCACGGAGAGGACUUGAAGUGGAGCACACCAUCUCUCACAUAUUACGUUAGGAAUACGCCAUCGGGAAUCCCCUCCGAUACCGUUAAACAAAUCUUACGUAAUGCUUUCAAUCAGUGGAGUAUGGUGACAAAUCUUGAAUUCGUUGACUCCAACGACCCGGCGGCUGAUAUUGAAAUUGUUUUUGGCGGUCGAAGUCAUGAUAAUAGAAAAGGCAAAUGUAAAAAUGUUCUAGGGGACACCUCUUUUGCACACGCGUAUUACCCGCAGGGAGGAGCAAUCCACUUCAACACCAAGUUCUUCCCAGGAUCUAUGAGCCAGGAUGAGUUUUUCACGACUGCAAUGCAUGAAAUUGGCCAUGCGAUCGGGCUUGAGCACUCCGUAUCGCAAGCUUCACUCAUGUUUCCUAUACCGGUGGCACGAUUUUCUGCAGUACCGGAGCCGGACGUUGAGAGAAUUCAGUUGAAGUAUGGCAAACGUCAGAGGCUGGAAUCAACCGAAAUACCAACUUUCUGUGAAGUGCCCAAGUACGAUGCAGUGCUGUAUCAUCAAAACAAAUUGGUCAUAAUAGCAGGGAAGUACUGCUACACAAAGUUAAAGCCAGGAGCUGAGCCGACUUUACUUAGCGAGAUGUGGCCAGGAGGUCCUGAUACACUGGACGCCGCAGAAACCUUUGGGCUUCUAACCUAUUUAUUCAAAGGUGAUCAAGUGUGGGCUUUCAAGGAUGCCCGACUACAGACAGGAUACCCUCGAAAAAUCCACGUAGCAUUUCCAGGAUUACCCAGAAAUUUAGGUGACGUAGUGUACGAUAAACAAAAAUACCUGUAUGCUUUCAAAAAGGAUCACUAUUGGAGGUACAAUACGGUAAACAAGGAUGUCGAUCGCUCAGACGAGAUAGAAGACUACGGUGUGCCCGGAAUGAUCGAUGCAGCCUGCUUCGAUUCCAAUAAAAAAAGACUGUUUUUCUUCAAGGAUAGCAUGUACCCAAUAAAGUGUAUGUAA